AAGUUUUUUCGGUCGUAUCUUUUCCGCGCUGACUUGCUGACUCCGGAGAGUCCGUUCGACUUGGAGACGGCGAGAGAGGCCAACCAACGAACGAAUGCCUUGGAACGGCGUUUGCCGCUGUGUUGGUUCCCGGUUUCCUCUAAGCCCAGCUUCGCCGAGCCGGAGGAACUUAACACUGGCAGCAGGUCGUCGCGCGCGCGAGUAAAAAGCCCAUCCAAGUGUCUAUAUCAUAGAAGAGAAAAAGUCCGUGUAUCAGUAUGCAGCGCAAUACGGUAGACAGCAGAACUACAUUGAACGACGACGACGGUGACGCGAAACUGAGACCAGCAGUCACGGUCUCCGGUGCCAGAAAGUCACAAGUGUCUUCUUGGUGAGAGGGUGCGCGCGCGCGAAUUACCCAGUUUCCGGUUCCGGCCAGUGCAAUCCAAUUAGAAUCCUGAACAAUUAUCGAACGUUAUCCUGACACGGUGAGGGUGUGUAGGUGUUUGCUGGAGGGGUGUGUGAGGAGUGACGAAAGUGAAUCGGAAGACAAUCCACCAAAGUGACCGCGAAGGAGUGACACAUCUGUUUGGAUAGGCUGGUUCUGGGCUCGAGGGCUUAUCAGCGCGGAUGAUAAGGUUGUCAACAAUCGUCGGAACCUUUUGUUGAUGCCGCUUUGUCAUACAUGUGUGAGAAGCGGGGCAUGCGCGUGGGUAAUGUAAACAAUUAGCGGUUACACGAGAGAACAAAUAGACCUUGAAGUGCGUCAGAAAUCCUGGCUCUUCUGAGCACGAAUCUUGCCCGAAGAUUGACGAGCCGUCGUCUGCCGCGAGUGAGUGUUAAUAAGAUUGUGUUACUCUGUGGCGCUUGCGAUGAGAUCAUAACUUGGCACGAGAGCAGCCAAGUGAUUAAUUUACAUCAAUUUCUGGUAGUUAAUCCGAGCUUGAUAAAUAUUCAAGCGAGCCGAGGUUGUGGUGGUUGAUAAAUGUUAUUGGAAACCGUCGGUCAGGCGAACGUGAUGGAGCAAUCGAAUGAGUCAGCAGCCGCGGUUGGGGCGGCCACAGCGACCAGCAAUGUGGCACGAAGUUCACAACCGGGUGAUUUUGCAGCUGCCGCAGCGGUCGUACUUUCCCUACAGAACAACAUGUUAACCAGUUUGCAACAGGCAGCCCUUAUGCCAGCGAACUCUCCCGUUGCAGCUGCUUUCAACCUUCAGGCACUCGAAUCAUAUCUCACGCUACAAAGAAUUACCGGAAAGUCGGAUGUGCUGCGGCUAUCCAACCGUACGCCAUUACCUUCGAUGCCUCUGACCUCGUCGGCAUCCACGUGCACCUCCACCGCUGCCAAUGUAGCAAGUGCGGAUGAUAUGCUGAUGGACACUCAGCCCGCAACGGUGCAGCAGCUGCUUCAGAACAAUGAAUUAUCCGAUGAACUUCCAGUUCUGGACCAAGACGAAGAUCUCAAUUUUGACGACCCCAUGCAUGACUCGACGUCCGACUGCAAUUCCCUGGACAGCGGCUAUCCAAGUCUAGUCCUAAAUGCAGCAUUCCAUCAGCAGAUGAGUGCCGAUAAGUUUAAAACCCUUGCAGCGACGGCAUCUUCCUCCAGUUCGGCGGCUGCCGUCGCCGCCGCAGCUGCCGCCGCUAGUUUCGUGGCAAGCUCGGCAGCCGCCGUCGCAGUGGCAGCGACGAAAAAAUGCACACCCACGCCUACUGCGACGGUGACCACCCAGCAACAAGGCCAGCAGCAGCAACAGUCGUCGUCGGUCGUUGCAAUUUCAGCGGCGGCCGCCGCCAGUCAGCGACCGAAAAAGCAAUUCAUUUGCCAAUUUUGCAAACGUCAGUUCACGAAAUCGUACAACCUGUUGAUCCACGAGCGAACCCACACCGACGAGCGGCCCUACUCGUGCGACAUUUGCGGCAAGGCUUUCCGCCGGCAGGAUCACCUCCGCGAUCAUAGAUACAUCCACUCCAAGGAGAAACCCUUCAAAUGUCUGGAAUGCGGAAAGGGAUUCUGCCAGUCGCGGACGCUGGCCGUGCACAAGAUCCUGCACAUGGAGGAAUCGCCCCACAAGUGUCCGGUGUGCAGCCGAAGUUUCAACCAGCGGUCGAAUCUUAAGACCCAUCUGCUCACGCACACCGACAUCAAACCGUACCACUGCGGUGCCUGCGGUAAGGUCUUCCGGCGGAACUGCGACCUGCGGAGGCACAGCCUGACGCACAAUCUGGGUGCGACUGGGCUGGGCGGGGUGGACGGGCAGCUCGAUUUGAUGGGCGGUGGAUCCGUGGCGCUGGGUGGUGCGAGCGAUUCCGAGACGAACACCAUCGAUCUGAUGGCGCUGGCCGGGGUGGAUUAGAAGUGAGUUUGUGAAAUAUUAUUGUUUGUGUCCUAACUAAUAUUAAACGUUCGUUUGUAAGUUGCUCGUUGACAAUUAGUGAGAUAGGUUUUAUACUUUGCGCGAGGAGGUUCGUCGCUUGUACUUUAUUGCAUUUAAAGAAAUCUUUUGUUAUUACAGCCCUGAAAAAAUGUGAUGAUUUAUGUGAAAGGUUUUUUUUCUCUAAAUUUAUUUAGUUUUAUAGUGAUUCGAAGAAACAAUCGAUGUUCCUUGCCGUUUACAUAAAAUAUUAUGCUCUGUGUUCUUUUCAGAAAACCAUUUGCUAAAGUGAAAAAAAUUCCAUCAUUUACUAAAUUUAGUCUAACGGAUACAUUUCGAAAGGUGACCCAUUACAUUAAAUAAGGAAUAUGCUUAAUGCGUUUUUUUGCCUUUCUCAUUUUCUUAUGAAGACGUUACAUGGAUAUAUUUUUCUUUCCUGAAGAAAAGUACAGAACAAUUUGUUGAUUUACUGUAUUUUUGAUUUCUUGGAAUUUUGUGAAAUCGUUAAAUUCCUUUUUUUCUCCGAAACUAGGCAUCAAAGAAAUGCUGUACUUAUGAAAGUUAUAAUAAUCUAUUUUCAGAUUAAUACAGUUUUGAUCAAAUAACAGAAAAAUUAUAAUAAAAACGCUCUAAGUACUUAUGGGGCCCUCCUUAGCCGUGCGGUAAGAUGCGCGGCUACAAAGCAAGACCAUGCUGAGGGUGGCUGGGUUCGAUUCCCGGUGCCGGUCUAGGCAAUUUUCGGAUUGGAAAUUGUCUCGACUUCCCUGGGCAUAAAAGUAUCAUCGUGUUAGCCUCAUGAUAUACGAAUGCAGAAAUGGUAACUUGGCUUAGAAACCUCGCAGUUAAUAACUGUGGAAGUGCUUAAUGAACACUAAGCUGCGAGGCGGCAAUGUCCCAGUGGGGGAUGUAAUGCCAACGAAGAAGAAGAAGAGAGCUCUAAGUACUUGAUUGUUUAUUUGUUUGCAAUAGUCGCCUUUUCUUUUUUAUUGUUAUUGAAAGAAUUACUUAAUUAUAAUUAAGUUCGUCAUUAAUCGUCAAAUCAUUAGUUUUCCGAAAUGUUGCAACUAAUAAUAUCGAUAAUACUAAUAAUAUCUAAGUAAAACUUGUUUUUAAUCAGUGGCUUAAGGCGCAAUUCAAGUGAUUUUGUUUUCAAAAAGAGCUAUUUGUUUUUUAAAGAAUGAAACCGUUUUAUACACUUCCUUUAUUUUGAUACAAUAAUACAUCAUUUUCAAUCUUGCGGUGCUUAGAGUUUCAGUAACUUCAGUAAUUUUUUGGCAAAUGGUUUUAUGAUGAAAGUAUCACUUUGGAGAAAAUCAGAUUGUAAUCGAAUCCAAUAUAAUAAAGUGACUGCGAGAGUCGAAUGAUUUCAUCAUUCAUAUGAAUAUACGAUAUUUUAAAAACUGUUAAUAUUUUCAUUCUUCCAUCCAAAUAGUUCGUAAGUAGUCGCAACAAUCAUAAAAUAUGGCAACCAACUGCGUUAUUGUUGUUCCUAUUCCUUUAAGGUGGGGAGCGAGAUCAGUACUGGAACUCUUGAGAAUGUUUAUGAGAGGAUUAAGAUUUUUAAAAAAGAAUAAGAUGCAAAUAAGCAAAGUAAAUCAUUUUCAAUUUUAUCUAAGAUAAAACUAGAGUUGACCGACGCAUUAGAUAUAACACUGAACCAUGUCUGGCAUUCCCAGUUGUAUAAAGUAGAUUAGCCCCUAACAUAAGUGAGAAACGAGGUGGUAAAUUAGCAACAUGACAUCGCGCAUCGGGGAGAAACACACAUACGGUGAGCAUUAAUGUAAAACAUGUACAACAAAACUGAAAACAACUGUUUUUUCCUGGUUGAUUUUUUUUUCUUCAAAUAAAACGGCAAUAAAGCUCUCAUUAGAGAAUCUUAAUUUAAACCUAUAAA